GCGUCGCAACCGGUGCCUGCCUGCUCGCUAGGCUGGGGAAGCGGGGUUGCGGACGCGGAGCGGCGGGACCGCCCUCGGGCGCCGUCAUGUAUUACAAAUUCAGCGACUUCAGCCAGAGGCUGGUCGGCGUCGGCGCUUCCGCCGCCUACACUCCGCAGGGACUCAAGCCAGUGGUAUCUACGGAAUCGCUGCCUCUUAUAUUUGGGACGCCAACUAAAGUUGCCUCGGAAGCACCCUCAACAGUUGAGUAUUUUGGUAAAAACAGAGUGCCGCUGCUGCAGAAGCUAUUUCAGAAGCCUGAUGGGUUGCCAGUACAUCUGAAACGGGGCGUUCCUGAUCAGCUUCUUUAUCGGACCACUAUGGCACUAACGAUAGGUGGGACCAUCUACUGUCUGAUAGCUCUCUACAUGGCUGCCUUCCCAGAAAGACAGAAGUGAAUCAACCCUGACUAAUGGAGACUGAUAAAUAUCCUUUGGAAGGAACUUUGUGCCAUUACACUUCAAUCAUGUGGUUUGUGUGCUGCAAAUUCUUGAGAGUCCCUAUUGAGUUUAAGAAAAAUAAGAAGAAAAGUGGUGGGUUUCCAAUGCUUAGGAAAAUACGGACAAAAUUAAUUAAUACCGGAUUGUGGUGGGAGGGGAAGCCAUCAUCUCUUACGUAGUUUUGCAGAUUAGUCUAUACACCCUUCACUAAAAAAAUAAACCAGGUAUAGAUUGAAUCACCUUCUGAAGGUUCCUAACAGGAAGACAUGUUAAGUUGGUGAAACUGGAAAUGAAGUUCUGUUGAUCCAUGCCGUAACAUCACCUCAUCCGGGGAACAAGGACAAAAGGAUGUUGAAAUCCGCUUGAUUUACAGAAGCAGCACUGAUGGAUAAACGUCCUAGAUUCAUCGAAAAUGAUGAAUUGAGAUAAUUUCUCUUGACAGUUCUCAUUGGAAUCUAGGGUUUGGGCCCGUUCUCAAAUUCUGUUGGAAGCCUUGCUUUUGUUUUUCAUAGAGUCAUUUCUGGCAAAGGGCCAUGUUGUUCCAGACAACGUCUAACGUUCUGCUCUAAGGUUCUGUACACUUUAUUAGUUCCACUUCUGUGAGCACAUGUCUUGGAAGUAGAGUGUUGCUCUUGAGACUGGUUCCAUGUAGCAACUCUAACUUCACCAUGGUUCAGCCGCCCCUGUUCCUCUAAAAUGAAGUACCGUUUGUUUUAACAUUGGAGUAAAUACAGCAGUACAAAUACUGGA